AUGUUUCUAAAAAUGUCAGGUAUUUCGUCGAUGUGGUCUUUGAGGUCCGCUAGAUCUGUUUUAUUUCCUAUUUCAAGAACGUUUAAGUUCUCGGCUAUCCCUCAGAGUUACAAAAUAAUUUCAAAACCACUUGAGGAUGAUUCGAUGGCUGAAGGUGUUGACACACUAGCCCGAAAACUCUUGCUUACCGAAAUUGUAAAAGGAUUCGGAAUAACUCUUGGAUAUAUGUUAAAAGAACCAGCAACUAUUAAUUACCCCUUUGAAAAGGGCCCACUUAGUCCACGCUUCCGCGGCGAACAUGCUCUUCGUCGAUACGCAAGUGGUGAAGAGCGGUGCAUCGCUUGCAAACUAUGUGAGGCUAUUUGCCCUGCACAAGCCAUAACUAUCGAAGCGGAACCCCGACAGGAUGGCAGCCGAAGAACUACUAGAUAUGAUAUCGAUAUGUCCAAGUGCAUCUAUUGUGGUUUCUGCCAAGAAGCUUGUCCAGUUGAUGCUAUUGUUGAGGGUCCAAACUUUGAAUAUUCUACAGAAACUCACGAGGAACUUAUCUACAACAAGGAAAAGCUUCUUGACAACGGCGACCGGUGGGAGGUCGAAAUUGCCUCAAAUAUCAAUGCGGAUUACCUUUAUCGUUAG